AUGCACCAUGAUAUCCCUUAUAAUGAUAAACAAAAACAUGAACAAAAAUAUAAUAGGGAAAAUAUGAAUAUAAACCAAAAAAAUGAACUGCUAGAAAUCGUUAACGAAAUUCCAAAGCUAUAUGAAGAUAAGAAGAAUGAAAUAAUCUCAUCUUUAAUAUAUAGUUAUAUUCACAAAUACCCAAAGUCGAUAGAAUCAUAUGAAAGAUUUAUAAAUUUUUAUAUUCAAAUAAAAAAUUAUAAGAGUGCAUUAAAUUUGUUAUAUGCUGUAAUAUAUUUGGAUAAAGACAACAAAAAAUUUAUUGAAUUAAUGAAAAAAUGUGAAGAAAAAUUAGUUUCAAAAAUAUGUAAAAUUCCAGCAAUAUAUAAAAGUCAGAUAUCUUACCCUGAAAAAAUGGGAUUAUAUAGAGAUAGACAACAUAUAAUAAACAGCCUAAAUAAUGAAACGAUAGCUAUGUAUGGACAAAAUGGUCCACAUCAUUAUAUGAACGACAAUACUACCGAACCUGUGUUAAGUGAAGACAUAUUCAACAAUAAAAUACAUAUAGUUAAACAAGGAAAGCAUUAUAUUGCUUUGGCUAAGCAUAAUGUUGAACCUGGAGAAAUAAUAUUUCAAGAAAAACCUUAUAUGUUAACACAACAUGUUUUUUCAAAUAACUAUACAUAUUCAACAUGCUACCAUUGCUUAAAGGAAAGAAAUGUUAGUGAGAAAAGUUAUGCAUGCCCAAUAAACCCACAUGAUUGUCCAUAUAUUUUUUGUAAUUGGAAAUGCUUAAUAAAUAAUAUAAAGGUUCAUGAAAUUGAAUGUUCGAUAUUACCAAUAAUUUAUGCAGCCUCUAAAGAAUCAGGAAUAAUGUAUUAUACAGUACUCCAUAUAUUUAGAGUUUUAAUAAAAACAAGAAUUGAAAGAAAUUAUAAUAAUAGAAAAUAUAAUAUAUUAAAUGAUAUAUUUAGUGUUUAUUCAUAUUAUAAUGUAGUUAAAGAAAAUCAAAAAAAUAUAUUUAAAUCAUUUAAUAUUUUAGCAAAUAGAAUAGUACUAGAAUUCCCAUCUUCAUUUUAUUUAUAUCUAAAGCAAAAUGAACUCGUUGAGUUCAUGUUAAUUAUAUGGCAAUAUUCUCCAUUUAUAAAAUAUUAUUCACCAUCGUCAAUUUUACAAAAUAUAAAUCCUGAAAUAACGUUUGGUUUGGUUUAUUCACCAAUUUUAUCAAAAUUACAUCAUAGUUGUAUACCAACUUGUAGCUACUACUAUGAUGAAAAUGGGAUGUUAACUAUUCGAGCAAUUUGUAAAAUACCUGAAGGUGGGAAAUUAUGCAUUAAUAUAUUACCUGAUCAAUAUUUACCUCUUAAAAUUAGAAAAAGUUUUAAAGGCAUACCAAGGGUUUUUGCCUGUGAUUGUAUUAGAUGCUCAGACCCAACAGAAAAUAAUCUACAUUUAAGAAGCAUGAAAUGCCCUAAAUGUGUAAUUGGAUACAUCUAUCCUAUAAAAACAGAAGCAUUAGUUGAAGCAUUAAAACUUCAUUGGUAUGAUCAAGAAAUGAAUAAUACUAUAUCAAACGAUAGUGAAAAUCCUAAUGAAUUAGAUAUUAUACAUAAUGAAGAAAAUAUGAUAUUUCAAAAAAAUAUAAGUCUUAAUUCCUUUUUAAAAUUUUCUAAACAAAGUGAAGGAAAUAUAAAUGGUAGUAAUUCAGCAUAUGAUAACAAAAAUGGUAAAAAUAUAUCUCAAAAUAAAGCAAAAGAUAUGAAAAAUAGUUCCGAAAUAAAUAAAAAAUCGAUAGGACAAUCAAGUAGUAAAAAUUCACACACACACUAUUUAAAUGAAGAGAAAAAAAAAAAAAUAUGUUCCAAUUUAGAAAAAGAAAUUGAAAGAUGGAUAUGCUCAAAUUGUGGAAAUUUAUCACUAAAGGGUAAUAAAAAAUGUGUUAAAUUAGAGAACAAAAUAUAUUUGUUAUAUAAUGAAGCAGAAAAUAAUUAUAUUAAAGGAAAUGUAAUUACGGCUAGAAAUCAACUACUAAAACUUUCCAACGAAUUUUUUAAUAUUUUUCAUCCAAAUCAUUAUAUAAUAUUUAAUGUUAAUGUAUUAUUAGCAGGACUAUUAAGACAUGAUCCAAAUAAACAAGUUUUUGAUUCUUUAAUUUUUUUUAGAAAAGCAAUUAUAGCAGCAGAUAAUGUAUUACCUCCGUGUUCAUUAGAAAAAAUUCAUUUAUAUGCAUGCUUGGCGCAUUACACAUUUAACUGUUCUAAUAUUUCAAAAUUAUAUAAUAAAGGUUUUGGAUGGUCUAGCAAAUUCAUUUUUGAUCCUAUGUAUGCAUCUAUAUGGAACUCAUAUACUAUUACAGGAUAUAAAUCAACAUUAACUAUUUUACUUUUACAAAAAUUAAGGACAUACAGUAUAUCUAUGAAUAAAUUUACUCCUCAUAUGGAUAUAGAACUUCAUAUAAACAGAAAAGAUGAAUUUUCUGAUUUUUAUCGUAAAGUUACACGUAACAAAAAUGAAUCAUUUAAACAGAUUAAACAGGUUGCGAAAAAUGAUCCGUUUUAUCCAAUAUAUAUGGCUUGUCAAUGUAUGGAUAUAAAUUUUGAGGAAAAUAAAUACUUUGUUAAUAUAUUUAAAUCUUUUAAAAAUAUUUACUAUUUAGGAAAUGGUUUAAAUGCAUUAUGUUUAGCAUCUGCCUUUGGGAAUGUCAAUCUUGUUAAAGUAUUAUUAAAAUUAAAUUAUUCUCUUUUUUUUAAAAAUGAAUUAAAUAUUAAUGCACUUUUGCACAUGGCUAGCUCCUAUUUACCAGACGAACAAGAUGCAUAUCACUCAAAUUAUUAUUACACGUUACUAAAAGAAAUAGAAUUACAACAUGUUGAAUUAGAACUUUUUGAAAAGGAUUAUUUUGGGGACAUAAAUACUGCUUCUAAUGAUCCAUAUAAUCAGAAUUUUGAAAAAAAACAUAAUUACAUGAAUCCAUAUAAUUUUAAAAACAAUAUAGAAAAUCCAGUUCCAUUUGAUCUACUACUGGAUGACGAAUUUGUAUAUGGAGAAAAAAGCAAGGAUAUGGAUAACCGUCAGAAAAAUAUUCUAAUUUUAUUUAUAAGUCAUUUGUAUAAUGUUCAAAAAAAAAAAAAAAAAAUAUAUAAAAGGAACCUAAAAUUUAACAAAAAAAUUAUGGCCAACCAAGCAUAUAAUUUUAUAUCCAAAAGCGAAGCAAGUAAUACUAGCAGUAGCGAUAAGGAAAGUGAAAGUGAUGUUAGUUCGAUAAAAAUUGAUGAAUAUCACAAUAAAUAUAAUCAUUUGAGAGUAAUAAAGAAUCAUGAAGAUGCGAGUUCAGAUAUCAAUAGACGUAGCAACGACAUAUAUAGACGAAAAAGUGCUCGAAAAAAGAAAAUGAAAAAUCUAAGUUAUAACGGUAAUAAAGUUUUAACAAAUUUGUCUGAAGAGGAAAAUAUUGGCGAUUUGAACAACAGCAAAUCACAUAGAAACAAUGAUGAUAGUGAUAAUAAUAAUAUUAAUAAUAAUAGUAAAUUCAAUAGGUCUUUGAAGAGUCUCGAAAAUAUUGAUGAAUUGAGUAUAAAUGGGAAAAAAAAGAAACAAAAUUCUGAAAAAAAAUUUAAAAAUGAGAUAAAUGAAUAUAGCGGAAGUAGUAAUAGUUCAACAUUUGAUAAAAAUUCUAGCAUAAAUAGUCAAAACGGUUUUGAAAAACAUUAUUAUGAUGAAUAUAAUAUAGAUAUAGAAUCUACUUCUGAAACCUCAGAAUAUGUGUUAAAUAAUAAAAUGAAUAAUUAUUUUUGUGAAAAAUUGCUAAUACAAUCAGUUUCACAUAAGCUGUUAGGCUUUAAUAAUGCGUUACAUUAUGCAUGUAUAAGGGGAAAAAGAGAGUUAGCUAAACAACUUUUAAUAAGUGGAGUUCCUGUGAUGCUAUUGAAUGGAGAAGGUAAUACGCCGUUACAUAUGAGUGCAUUUAGUGGUCAUAAUGAAAUUGUUAAAACAUUAAUUGAAUUUAAAACUGAUGUAAAUUCUGUAAACACAAACGGAGAAACGCCACUGAUGUUAGCAACUUAUCAAUUACAUUUUAAUGUGAUAAAAACUUUAAUUGAACACAAUGCAAGUGUAGUUGUAAAUGGUGUAGAUAUUGAUACUCCAAAUAAUAAAGCUAUAAAUAAUUAUUCCAUUAGUAAUAGUAUUGCUAGAAAUAAUAAUAACACAAUAUUACAUUGUUUAGUAUAUGGUAUAUUAAAAACUCAUAAAAUUUUUUAUAAAAACAAAUUAGAUAUGGAUGAUACAGCUACAGUUGUUAGCCACGGAUUUAGUGAAUUAACUUCUUCGAAAUAUUUAACACAAACAUCAACUUAUUUAAAUAUUAAUCAUACAAUUUCAAAUAUUCCUAUUAUUGAACAGUUAUCUCAUGAUUUUUUUCUUUUACCUUUUAAAUUAUUGCACAGAAUAAAAAAAGCUAUUAUUAUAAUAAAAUAUUUAAUGAUACAUUGUCCUAUUUAUUUAUAUGAAAUUAAAAAUUCUAAUGGUUACAACCCUUUUGAAUUGUUAAAGGCUAUUUGGAAAAAAUUAUGUGAAAGAAGAAUAGAAAUAUUAGGUGUUUCAGAUUUAAGAAUGUCAUCUUUUAGUGAUAACCAAAAAAAUAUUGUUUUUCAAGGAUGGUCUCUCAUAACUUCAUUAAUCAAUAUACUCUUGUCUAUUCUUCGGACAGAUACAUCUGUUUUGACUUCGAUUUAUAAAAAUUUCAUAUGCAUUAAGGAUCCAAAUAAUUCUACAAUACAAUUAAAAGAAAUUGAAAAAAAAUCUAAAAAUAGCGAGGAACAAUCGAAAGAAACUACAAACAAAAAUGAGGCAAUUUUAAAAAAAACAUCACUAAUUAUGAACAAGUCAGGCGAAAAUGAAAAAAAAAAUGACGCGAAACCAAAGGUUUCAAAAAAAGUAUUUCUUAAGAAAAUUAAACCGCCUUUAAUAAAGAAUAAAAGCUAG